AUGGAGCAAUUUGGGUCCCCCAACAGAGUGUGUAGACAACCCGAGAUGACUUCUGCAUCAACUCAAACAUCAAAUCGGGUGUACAUACAACCCCAACCCGAGCUAGCCAAUGCAUACUUCCCGGACUCUUCACGAAUUUGCCGACGAAAUGGUGGUAACACCCGCAACUCAAUCUCGUCCGCUCUGGCGCAAGUUUCGCUAAAGCGCCCUCUUCCGCCAGUUCUGCUUCCGCUCGCCAGCCCCGCUGAACCCGCCGUCUCGCCUGUUCUCCGCUCCCCUCCGCUGAACCAUCUUCCUGAUGCCUAUCCAUGUUCCGCCGGUCUCGCGGCAGAGGCAGGGGGAACCGCGGUCGGUGCAGUGAGCGCCCGUUUUGGAGGCGCGGACGGGUUGACGGCGGGAGAUUGGGGCGACAGACAGAAAAGGAGACGGUUGUUUUUCCCCCUGGUCGGAGAAAGCGCGGCAGCGAGUGAAGUGGAAACCGCGCAGGAGGCGGCACGCGCGAGGGCGCCCGCGCGUGCGGAAACUCUUGCUGAGGACCGGGCGACCAUGGGCGAAUCUUCUGAGGAGCGUGCGACUGUGGGCGCGGGCUUUGCUGGUAUUGCGCGCUCGGAGCUGCGAGUUGCUCCUGAUGGCAGAGGAAGAUGGCGGAAACGGCGGCUGGGGGAGGGGGGCGCUGGUUUGGGGGGAGCGGAAGUGAGCGCGGGGGAGUGGAGACCGGGGGAAGCGGCAGCGGCGGAAGAGGCGGAAGAGGCAGGUGGCAUUGGGGCGGAAGCCAAACGGAGGAGGCAAGGAGGGAUGGACGGGCAGUGGAGGGCCGGGUGGAGAGGCAGGCAGGGAGAGGGAGAAAAGGAUGAAGAGGGAUGGGAGGAGGAGGAGGAUGAGGAGGAGAAUAGUGAGGACGAUGAGGAGGGAGGGGAGGAGGAGUUAGAAGAGGAGGGUGAGGUGGAUGAUGAGAAUGAUGAGGUGGCAAGGAGCGAAGAGGAUGGGGAUGAAGGCGAAAAUGACCAGCAGGGAAACAGAGUGGAGAGGGAAGGGUGCGCACGUAUGCGGAUCCGCAGGGGGCCUCAGCAUGACAGGUCGAUUCAGCCAGAUGAAGAUGGUGAGGUUGAGGAGGAGGAUGAGGGGGAGGAGGACGACGAGGAGGAGGAAGAAGAGGAUGAAGAGGAGGAGGAAGAGGAGAAUGAUGAGGAUGAGGAUGAUUAUGACGAGGAUGAGGACGGGGAUGAGAACGAUGGUGACUGUAGCAGUGACUAUGACGAGAGCUGGUGGGAGGAGUGCGAAAGUGAUGUGGAGGGAGGGGAGGAGGCGAACAGCAGGUUGGGGGAGGAGAGAUUGGUGGAUGGAUUGAGAGAAAGUUUUCAGAAGCUGGAAACGGAGUGUAGAUUGGCGCGGAAGAACUAUGACGAGUUGCGAUCUGCUUGUAAGCAGCUUCAGGAGCAGAACAGCUUCUUCCGAUCUAAGCUCCCCCCCGUCCCCUCUCUCAACACGUACCCUGCGCUGCCACUUCACCAAUCCUCGCCCUCGGGCAAAACUUUCAGUCAACUCGCCUCUCUCUCCGCAUAUGCACCCUGCAUUGCUUCUGACCCGUCUCAAAUAUUCUUCCUUUAA